AUGCAGAAAAAUAAGCCGUCCCGAAAGAAAGGCCAGCCCUCUCCUUCCACUUCUGAUGUGAAACUACCUAAAAUACCAAAGAUUUCAAUGCCGGAGGACUUCAAAAUACGAACGCGGCCUUUGUUUUCUUUGCCUGAGGAAGUUUUAAAAUUACCUGCGCCGGCUACUAAAGCCGCAAAACUGCAGGCAGCGAAACUUGCGCCGAGGAAGAAGUCCAGCGUGAUGCAAAGCUUCACAGCUAUGAGGAAAGCUCGAGAGGAGUUCAGACUUAAGCUAGUUAAUCUGAUAUGUCAGAUAGAUACAGAAGAUGACCAAGAGCCUUUGGCGAUGCCUUCGGGCGAGGAGCAGAAUGUGCUGCGGUAUUACUACUAUCUGCGAUACGGUAUCGAUACCAUACACGUUGCUCCUUUGGAUAACAAAAUAAUAUUAAGAGUACACAAUCUCAUAUCUCCGAAAUUGAAGAAAUGGAAGGAUACUCUGUUUACUUGCACAGAUGAGAUGCGUGAAGACUUCAUGAUGAGUAUGAAGAAAGCGAUUGUGGAUUUCGUCUUGAAAGACCCCAAUACGGAAGAAUCGCUGGAAGAAGAAGAUACCCCGCUGAAGCAAGAGAUGGAAAUGAAAGACGAUGCCUGGAGGAACCGCUAUGUGGUAGCGCAUAAGCAUUUGACGAAAAACUUGCACAGCGUCAACCCUUGCAUCGCACAGGUGUUGCAGAUCUGGUGGAAACAGUUCAAUGAUUUAAGGUUAAUAAGCAUGAAAGAUAUAAUGACAACGAAUGAGGCAUACGAGCUGCAAGACUUCUGUUUCGUUUGCAAGAGACAUAUUGAAGCAGCGGGUAACGUACUCACACAUCAGUGGAUUCCAACGAUACAAGCGGUUUUUCUUCAGGGCAGUAAGAAAAAGUUAAUACCUGAACCGAAACAAGCUCUCAAAAUGAAGCAUUUCUACAACUGUUUGGCGUGCAUCAUGACUUACAAUCUUCAAACUUUAUGUUUGAAGUCAAUGCAGGAAUUUACGGAGUACGUCAUGGAUGUAGGCGGCAACAAUCAGGGCUUCAUUAUAAAUCUGGGAUUUCAAAAUGAAGCCAUAGAAUUCGAUCCCACAUUUCGACAGUUCAAAGAUCAGUUGAGCCUUUUGUACGACUAUCUGAUUGAUGCAUGUCGGCAGUCUCCUCGUUUGGAGACCAUACUUUACCAAGAUUUUACAGGGGCUACGCGAGCUACACUGAGGCCUAUCAUCGACAAUGAUCUAGUAGAUUCUUAUAAGACACAAAUUGCGGAAUUGAUUGCGGAACAAAGGAUAGGACCAGAACUCAGAGUUCAGGAUUUCGAUGACUAUAUCUGUUUACUGAAUGGCGAGUCUCAAACUGAAGUGGAAAAUUUUCUGAACGCAAGCCCAGAGAAGUCAUUCGAAGAGUAUUGUGUGGAGUCGGUGAAAUAUGUCGAGCUAGCUAGAGAAAUACCUUCCAAACUAGAGGGGACCAUCGUCAUCGGCAUGUUUCAAAUGCAGAGAGGGGAGCUCAUUAACUCCUUACGUUCUGCUGCUACCAGGCUGGCCAAUACCUUAUUGAGAAGGAUGACUGAGGACUACCAAUUGAUGAUUAGAGCAAUUUACGACGAAUACGCAGCAAUUGCCCACACAUUGCUCACUCCACCGGCUGACACCGCGGCUCUUAUGGAGCUGAUGGCCUACGUCAAGAAGGUCGAAGAUGUCAUCCUCGCCGAGAUGGAGGACAAACUGCGCAACGUUAUGAGAUACAUCGUCUUCUUGGGAGACUACACCACAUUCUCUCCACUCGAGCUCAAAUCUAAUAACCAGACAUAUCAUUGGUAUGCUCGCAUGCCCGGUAUUAUAGAAGAAGCAAAAGCAAUAAGUGAUCAGAAGAAAUUAGAAUACCAAGAACUAUUAAAGGUUCGCAUUGCUAAGUUUAUUGAUGAUCUGGAUAUUUAUGAACUGCAAGUCAACGAAGUGCAGUAUUGGGGAGACAUCAAUGAGUUACCCAAAUACGUGUCGCGAGCACGACAUUUGGAUGAGAAGUUAUCAAAUGCCCUCACAAAGAUUGAUCAAUUCAAUGAAGAAGAGUCGUCGUUCGGAUGGGAUUUAUCUCAGUACCCCAAGAGGAAGGCGGUGUUUGAUAAACUAGUACCGUAUAAGAAAUUAUUCGACGCUGGCUAUGACUUCCUCGAGAAACAUAAUACUUGGAUGUCUACUAAAGUCGGAAGCUUUGAUCCAGAAGAAAUAGAAGGCGACGUCAGUUAUUAUUAUAAAAUUGUAUACAAAUUGGAGAAGUCAUUCGCUGAAGUUCCCGAGACUCAUCGCCUCGCUACUUCUGUGAGAGAACAAAUGGAUGAAUUCAAGACCCACUUGCCAAUCAUUCAAACACUAGGAAAUCCUGGUAUGAAAUUACGUCACUGGGACAAGAUCUCAGAAAUCGUUGGUUUCCCUAUCGUUGUCGAUGAGGAGUUGUCGCUAGAAAAAGUGAUCGAUUUCAACCUGGGCGAUUACAUCGACAAGUUUGAGAGUAUUUCUGAAGCCGCCACUAAGGAAAACAACCUCGAAAGGGCUUUGGACAAGAUGAUGAAAGAAUGGGCAGACCUCAAAUUCGAAAUCCUUGUUUACAAGGAUACUGGGACCUACAUUCUAUCAAGUGUCGAUGAAAUUCAACUGCUGUUAGACGAUCAUAUUGUUAAAACUCAGACUAUGAAGAACUCGCCGUAUAUUAAGCCAUUCGAGGACGUCAUUUAUGACUGGGAAGGCAAGCUCAUUUUAUUGCAAGAAAUCUUGGAUGAAUGGCUGAAAGUACAAGCUACCUGGAUGUACUUGGAACCCAUCUUUUCGUCUCCAGAUAUUCAGCAGCAGAUCCCAGAAGAAGGUCGACGAUUCAGUGCUGUCGAUAAGAUGUGGCGAGAAAUAAUGAAGGCUGCGUUCUCAGAGCCGCGCGUUCUCGAUGUCAUUAUGAUAGAGAAGAUGUUAGAUCGUCUGAAGAAGUCCAACAAUUUGCUGGAGAUGGUCCAGCGAGGUCUGAACGCAUACUUGGAGAAGAAGCGUUUGUACUUCCCUCGCUUUUUCUUCCUCUCCAACGACGAACUGCUUGAAAUCUUGUCUGAAACGAAAGACCCUACACGUGUACAGCCUCACCUCAAGAAGUGCUUCGAGGGUAUCGCGCGGUUGACGUUCACGGACGACAUGGUGGUCACGCAGAUGAGGUCCUCGGAAGGAGAGAUUGUGUCGCUCACUAUGACUAUAAAUACCGUGGCUGCCAGAGGACAGGUUGAGAAAUGGCUGCUGGAAUUGGAGAAGUCUAUGAAGGCGUCAGUGCAUAAUGAAGUGGCAUUAUCUUAUGAUGACUAUCUGAACCGACAGCGAGAUCAGUGGGUGCUCGUUUGGCCCGGACAAACGGUACAAUGUAUAGCGAUGACUUUCUGGACGUUGGAAGUAACGGAAGCUAUUCACAUCAGCAUCCCCGCUAUGAGGACGUACUGGGAGAAGUGUAACUUCCAAAUCUCUAAGAUCGUCGACCUGGUGCGCGGCGAGCUUAAUCUACAGAACAGAAUUACACUCGGAGCAUUGGUGGUGUUAGACGUCCACGCUAGAGAUGUGCUGAUGCUGCUCAUAGAUCUCAAAGUACAGCAGGACAACGACUUCAACUGGCUGUCACAGAUACGAUAUUACUGGGAGGAGGAAGAAAUCAAGUCUUGGCAAUGCGUGACCCGCAUGAUCAACUCGCAGCUGCCGUACGGCUAUGAGUAUCUGGGUAACACUGGUAGACUGGUCGUCACUCCACUCACUGAUCGAUGCUUCAGGACCUUGUUCGGAGCUUUGCAUCUAAAUCUAGGUGGAGCACCGGAAGGUCCCGCCGGCACUGGAAAGACGGAAACAGUCAAAGAUUUAGCCAAAGCUGUGGCUAAGCAGUGUGUCGUGUUCAACUGCUCUGAUGGUCUUGACUACAUCGCCCUCGGGAAAUUCUUUAAGGGUUUAGCAUCUUGCGGCGCCUGGUCGUGCUUCGACGAGUUCAACCGCAUCGACCUGGAAGUGCUAUCAGUGGUGGCCCAGCAGAUCCUGUCCAUCCAGCGCGGCAUCAACUCCGGCUCCACGGAACUGCUGUUCGAAGGCACCCUGCUGCAGUUGGACAAAACCUGUGCCACCUUCAUUACUAUGAACCCCGGUUAUGCUGGACGUUCUGAGUUGCCAGAUAAUCUGAAGGCGUUGUUCCGUUCCGUGGCUAUGAUGGUACCAGACUACGUGUUGAUCUCCGAGAUUGAGCUUUACGCUUUUGGUUACCUUAAUGCUAAGCCGCUUGCUGUCAAAAUCGUGGCCACCUAUAAGUUGUGUUCAGAACAACUGUCCUCCCAGUGCCAUUACGAUUACGGUAUGCGGGCUGUAAAAUCAGUGUUGCGUGCGGCUGGCGCUCUAAAAUUGCGUUACCCCGAUGAGCUCGAGGAUUUGAUUCUACUGCGUUCCAUCAAGGACGUGAAUCUUCCUAAGUUCUUGGAACAUGACGUGCCAUUGUUUAUGGGUAUCAUCGGAGACUUGUUCCCUGGUUUACCGCUACCAUUGGCUGGUCUUCCUGACUUGGUCGUUGGUCUAAAGGAAGUAUGUGUCACGCUGAAUCUGCAAUGUAACGAAUUCUUCAUUGAAAAGGUGCUGCAGUUGUACGAGAUGAUUCUAGUGCGACACGGCCUGAUGUUGGUCGGUAUGCCAUUCUCGGGGAAAACAAAGUCCUAUCACGCUCUCGGACAUGCAUUGAAAUACGUCUCAGAGAAAGGCUGGAUGGACGAGAACGCAGUAGAGUGGAUUGUGAUAAACCCAAAGUCGAUCACUAUGGGUCAGUUGUACGGGCAGUUCGACCCCGUGUCUCACGAGUGGUCUGACGGCAUCCUGGCCGUCAGCUACAGGGCAUUCGCCGUCUCUACUAACAGCAAUAGAAAAUGGCUGGUAUUCGAUGGCCCAGUGGAUGCGAUUUGGAUAGAAAACUUGAACACUGUACUUGAUGAUAACAAAAAGCUUUGUCUUAUGAGUGGUGAGAUUAUACAGUUGGCACCAACUACCAAUCUGAUGUUCGAGCCUAUGGAUCUGGAAGCGGCGUCCCCAGCUACGGUGUCUCGCUGCGGCAUGAUCUACAUGGAGCCGAAGGGGCUCGGAUGGAAAGCCUUGCUGGAGUCCUGGCUGAACAAACUGCCGCAUACUCUUCAUACGGUCAACAGAAACCUUAUACGUAAUCUGUUCAACCGGUUCAUGUCACCACUGCUUUGGCUCGUCGAAUAUUCUGGAUUGGUUAGGCAAAUGUACAUAACUUCAAGAAGUAACAUGGUUCAGGCAUGCAUGCAUCUGUUCGAUUGCUUCAUGGAUGAUUUUCAUGACGAGAAGUAUUUGGAAAAUAUUUCCGAUCUCGAUAUCAGAGCUCAGCUUGAGGGCGUUUUCUUCUUCUCAUGCAUUUGGUCUAUUGGAGCAACUCUAGAAGCCGACAGCAGGCCAAAGUUUGAUAUGCUUUUCCGAGGAUUACUCGAGAAGGAAUUCCCAGACAAGAUUAAAAAUUCACUAGGCAUGCCAAAAGAAAUUUCCAAACCGGAGAAACAAUACAUUUUCAUAAUUCCAAGAGAAGGAUUGGUAUACGACUACAGAUUUAUAAAAGAGGGUAAAGGAAAAUGGAAGCCGUGGGCUGAUGAUGUGUUAACUGCACCUCCCAUCAGCCGAGAUACUCCUCCCAAUCAGAUCUUGGUGACGACAUUGGACAGCGUACGGUAUUUGGCACUCUUCAAACUAAUGGUCACCCAUCAUAAACUUGUCAUGAUGGUUGGACCUACCGGGACUGGAAAGUCUUCAUACAUUAUCGACUUCUUAGUAAAGAGAGUGGACACGAAAAUUUACAAAGCUUUGAUCAUGGCUUUCUCAGCGCAAACCAAUUGCAAUCAAACUCAAGACAUUAUCAUGGGAAAGUUAGAUAAGAGGCGAAAAGGUGUGUUUGGGCCACCGAUCGGAUGCUACUCAGUCAUAUUCGUAGAUGAUGUCUCCAUGCCUCAAGCGGAGACGUAUGGUGCGCAACCACCCAUCGAAGUAUUGCGUCAAGGCAUCGAUUUAGGUCUUUGGUAUGACCGAAAGACAAACCUUGCCAUGCUUCUUAUUGAUGUGCAGUUCAUGUGCGCGAUGGGCAAGCCAAUGCCGGGUGCUAAAAUAAUAACGCCAAGGUUUUCUCGUCACUUCUCAUUCUUCUGCAUCGACGAGUUUGAUGACGAAACUCUUCAGGUCAUUUUCAGCAGGAUUAUGUUAUGGCAUCUUGAUACUAGAGGAUUUUCAAAAGAAUUCGAUCCAUGUAUUGAGGAGUUGGUGCUUGGUACGUUAGAAGUAUACAAGCAAUGUAGGCUGAACCUCCUACCAACGCCAUCCAAGUCUCACUAUACAUUCAAUCUACGAGACUUCUCCCGAGUGAUACUGGGAGUCCUACUGUCAGUACCUGAAGUGACUCCAGACUUGCAGUCGAUGAAGCGUCUGUGGGUGCACGAGUGCCUGCGUGUGUUCAGCGACCGUCUCAUCGAGGACGCCGAUCGCCAGUGGUUUGUGGGCUGUCUGCGAACCGCUACGGCCAAUAACCUGCAAGAUGACUUCGAUAAGAUGUUGGGCAGGCUACUUGAUAAGUCUGGCGAUAAAAUUACUGAUCUUCAUCUCCGAAGACUAAUUUACUGUGAUUUCGCAAAUCCUAAAGUGGAUACUCGCUUCUACAUGGAGACGACUAAUAUGGAUCAUUUGAACUCUACGGUCGACGCUUUCCUGGUUGAGUUCAAUAACAUGACCAAGAAACCUAUGAAUCUUGUACUUUUCACGUUUGCGAUCGAGCACGUGUCCCGCAUCUGCCGCGUGCUGACGCAGCCGCGCUCGCACGCGCUGCUGGUGGGGCUCGGCGGCUCCGGCCGCCAGUCGCUCACCAGGCUCGCUGCUCACAUCAACGAGUACGACCUCUUCCAGGUUGAGAUGAGCAGAACUUAUGGUAAGAACGAGUGGCGAGAAGAUUUGAAGACCUUACUGCGGAAGACAAGCACGCCCGAUCUGAUGAUGGUCUUCCUAUUUAUUGAGUCACAGAUCAAAGAAGAAGGGUUUCUCGAAGACGUCAACAAUAUGCUGAACUCCGGUGAAGUACCUAAUAUUUUUACAACUGACGAAAAGGCAGAGCUCUGUGAGAAAAUGAGAGUUAUUGAUCGGCAACGUGACAAGUCGCUACAAACGGAUGGUAGUCCUACAGCACUGUAUGCAUACUUCGUGUCCAUAGUGCGUGAUCAGCUCCAUAUUGUGCUAGCUAUGUCGCCUGCUGGUACCUCACUACGAACGCGCAUCAGGAAGUUCCCCUCCCUGGUCAACUGCUGCACUAUUGACUGGUUCCAAGAGUGGCCACCAGAUGCGUUGCUUGCGGUGGCAACCCGGUUUCUAAAAGACAUUGAGCUGACGGACUUAGAACGAGACACGGCCAUCAAAUUAUGCCAAGUGUUCCACACUGAUACUCAGGAGCUAACCAGGCAGUUUUUGCGUCGCCUCAAGCGUUUUAACUACGUCACACCUACCGCUUACCUGGAACUUAUCAACAUGUUUAAGUCCUUGUUAAACAAGAAAAGAUUGGAAUUAACAACAGCAGAAAAACGUUAUCUCACUGGGUUAGACCAACUUGCCAUCGCGGCCAAGUCAGUAGGAGCCUUGCAAGAGGCUUUAGAGAUAUUGCAGCCCAAGUUGGCUGCUGGCGCCGCCGCGGUGGCUGAAACUACGGCUAUUGUAGAAAAGGAGAAGGAAGGAGUUGCUCUGGUCGAAGCUGAAGUCCUUGUGGACCAGGCUGCUGCUGAAGAACAGGCACAAGAAGCUCAAGCCAUAAAAGACGAGUGCGACGCUGAUUUAGCGGAGGCAAUGCCGAUUCUAAACUCUGCCUUAGCUGCGCUGGAUACCCUCACUCCUCAGGACAUCACCUUCAUCAAGACCAUGAAGAGUCCUCCAAGAGGUAUUCGUAUCGUCAUGGAGGCUAUCUGCAUUUUGAAGGAUAUAAAACCAGACAAGAUACCAAACCCAUCUGGAGUGGGUACCGUAGAAGACUAUUGGGGGCCUUCAAAGAAGAUCCUCAACGAUAUAAAGUUCCUGGAGUCGCUGCAGAACUAUGACAAGGACAAUAUCCCGCCAGCUGUGAUGAAGAAACUACAGACCACUAUCAUGCAAGAUGAAGGUUUCGUGCCCGAGAAGAUUCGAGCUGUCUCGGUGGCGGCUGAAGGUAUGUGCAAAUGGGUGAUUGCGAUGACGAAGUAUGACAAGGUAGCCAAGGUGGUGGCGCCUAAGAAGCAGCGCUUGGCGGCUGCUCAGGCUGUGUAUGACAAGGCCAGCGCCGCGCUCGCUGUCAAGCAAGCCCAGCUCAAAGAGGUACAAGACAAACUGAAGACAUUAGAAAUGGCGCUAGCUGAACAGAGUCGCCAGCAAAAGGUAUUGGACGACGAGGUGAUGGACUGCAGUAACAAAUUGAAACGCGCUGAGAUGCUCAUCUCCGGUCUCGGGGGAGAGAAGACUCGGUGGACGCAAAUCGCUAAGACUUUGCGGGAAACUUACAAUACACUCACUGGGGAUAUUUUGAUUGCGGCCGGUAUCAUAGCGUAUCUAGGACCAUUUACAGCAACGUUUAGAAAUAAACAGAUGAAAGCCUGGGCCCAGGCGUGUGCCGACUGUGGUAUAGUGUGUACAUUGAACUACAGUCUGAUCAAGGUGUUAGGCGAGCCUGUCACCAUUCAGCAGUGGAACAUUGACGGAUUGCCCGCCGAUGACUUCAGUGUGGAGAGCGCUAUCAUCAUCAUGACUGCAAGGCGCUGGCCUCUGAUGAUUGAUCCUCAAGGCCAAGCUAAUCGCUGGAUCAAAAACAUGGAGAAACCGAACAACAUCUGUAUAGUGCGUAUGACGCAAGCUGACUUAGGACGCGUGCUAGAAAACGCCGUGCAGUUCGGACAACCGGUUUUGCUAGAAAACGUACUAGAGGAAUUAGACCCGAUGUUGGAACCUCUGCUUCAACAACAAACUUUCAAACAAGGCGGAGCGCUGUGCAUCAAAAUUGGUGACACUGUUGUUGAAUACAGCAAGGACUUCAAAUUAUACAUAAGUACAAAACUAGCGAACCCUCAUUACCUACCCGAGGUAGGUGUUCGGGUUACUCUCGUGAACUUCAUGUUAGCCAUGGACGGCUUACAAGCUCAACUCCUGGCUCGAGUGGUAGCGCGAGAGAGACCGGACUUACAGCAAGCCAAGACGGACCUCACGACGCAAGGAGCUGAACAUCGCAGGCUGCUGCAGGAGAUUGAGAGGAAGAUAUUGACUGUCUUGUCCACUUCCGAACAUUUGUUAGAGGAUGAGGAGGCUGUGCAAAUUCUGAACUCUGCAAAAGAAACUUCGAACGAGAUCAAAGAGAAGCAGGAGGUGGCCAUGACUACAGAAGCGGCUAUCGACGUCGCCCGAGACGACUAUGUGCCUAUUGCCGUACACUCCACUGAUCUAUUCUUCCUCAUCGCUUCGUUGGCGCACAUUGAUCCGAUGUACCAGUAUUCGCUGGGCUGGUUUGAAGGCUUGUUCGUAGCCGCCAUUGACAAUACAGAGAAGGUAGAAGAAAUAUCUGAACGACUGGCCAUAUUGAGGAAAUACUUUACGUAUUCGCUUUACGCCAACAUCUGCAGAAGUUUGUUUGAAAAGGAUAAAAUGGUGUUUUCCUUACUAUUGGUUAUCACGAUAAUGAUAGCGGAGAAGGAAGUAACAAGGAAUAAUGUGAUGUUCCUGGUGGGAGGGGCGCAACCCCGGCAUGUGGUGCAUAACCCCGUGCAGUUCCUCAGUCCACAAGCCUGGGCAGAGUUUAAUGCGUUGAACGAAUUACCAAAAUUCAAUGGCAUUUUGGAACACUUCUUAGCCAACGUGGCAGUAUGGGAGGCGUACUGUGACACGCCUGACCCACAAGACAAACCCUUGCCUUCACCGUGGGACACAAAGCUUGAUAUGUUUGAGAAAAUGAUGGUCAUGCGUUGCAUGCGGUUAGACAUGAUGGUGCCAGCAGUCCAAAACUAUGUGGCAGCGAAAAUGGGCCGCAGAUUUGUGGAACCUCCGUUGUUUGACUUGGCAUCUUCAUACGCGGACUCUCAUUGCUGUAUUCCUCUACUAUUCGUGUUGACACCAGGCUCUGAUCCCAUGGAGACUCUACUCAAGUUUGCUGAUGAUCAGGGUUUCGGCUCCUCUCGUUUGUUUUCACUAUCUCUGGGUCAGGGACAAGGACCAAUUGCAGUAAAGCUUAUUGAGGAAGGUGUACGAAGCGGCACAUGGGUGGUUCUGCAAAACUGUCACUUGGCUAAGAGUUGGAUGCCCACGUUAGAAAAGAUUUGCGAAGGAUUGACGCCAGAUGCCACGCAUCCAGACUUCAGGCUUUGGUUGACGUCUUACCCAGCCGACCAUUUUCCGGUAUAUGUGCUGCAGAAUGGUGUCAAAAUGACCAAUGAACCACCGCAAGGUCUGCGAGCGAACAUAGCCCGGUCAUACAGCAGCGAUCCCAUCAACGACCUGGAGUGGUUCGAGGGCAACAAGCAGACAGAAGUCUUCAAGAAGCUGCUGUUUGCUCUGUGCUUCUUCCACGCGGUGGUGCAGGAGCGGCGUCAGUUCGGACCCCUGGGCUGGAACAUCCGCUACGAGUUCAAUGAGACCGACCUCCGUAUUAGCGUCACCCAACUCUAUAUGUUCCUCAAUGAGUAUGAUGACGUACAAUUCAUAGCUCUGCGCUACCUGACCGGCGAGUGCAACUACGGCGGGCGCGUGACGGACGACUGGGACCGGCGCACGCUCAAUACUAUCCUCUACAAGUUCUACAACCCUAAGGCCAUUGAAGUACAUAACUAUGCGCUUGAUCCUUCAGGUGUAUACCACAUCCCGACUCUGAAAGAACACAGCGAGUUCAUAACCUUCGCUCGUUCGCUUCCCGCGGCCACGCCACCCUCCGUGUUCGGCUUCCAUACCAACGCAGACAUUACGAAGCAUUUCCGAGAGGCUGAGGAUUUGCUCGACACAGCUAUACUUACACAGGACCGAACGGAUCUCGAGAAAAAAUAUCAGGACAGCAUGGCGACCGGUGACACAGAUGUGACUCCAGAAAUGCAAGCGAUGGCCAUAGCAGAAGACGUGUUAGCUCGCCUUCCCGACAAGAUCCUCUCAGGGCCGUCACACGAGGGCGACAUCAAGCCUUCGGACAUGACGCCCAUGUCUAUCGUGGUUAUACAGGAGGCGGCUAGAUAUGAUCGACUCGUCAAUGUCGUGAGGUCUAGUGCUAAGGCUGUUAUUGGAGCUGUUCAGGGAGUGAGUGUUCUAAACGACAUAACAGAAGAAGUGCUGACGAGCAUGGUGAGAGGUCGCAUCCCGGCGCUGUGGGCUGGCAAGAGCUAUCCCUCGCUCAAACCCUUCGCUUCAUACUUCAACGAUCUGCUGGAAAGAUUAGCCUUUUUACAGCACUGGCACGAGCACGGCCCACCGACGGUGUUCUGGCUGUCCGGCUUCUACUUCCCGCAAGCGUUCCUCACGGCCGCGCAGCAGAGCUACGCGCGCAAGUACAAGAUACCCAUCGACCAGCUCGCCUUCCAUUACGAAGUACAGAAGCAGCUUGAGAUAGACACGCCGCCGGCUGAGGGAGUGUACAUCCGCGGCCUGUUCAUGGAGGGAGCGCGGUGGAACAUGGACACCAUGUGCGUCGACGAGUCCAUACCGAAGAUCCUCUACGACGACUUCCCGCCGGUAUGGCUGAUCCCCUUGAAGCGCGAGGACGUGCCCACAGACGUGUUCUACAACUGUCCACUAUAUAAGACCGGAGAUCGACGUGGCGUGUUGUCCACCACGGGGCACUCCACUAACUACAUUCUGUUCAUGCUGCUGCCCACCAAGUUGGAGCCCGACCACUGGAUCAUGCGCGGCGUGGCGCUCCUCACGCAGCUGCCCUUCUAGAAUGUUCCAGUAUGUUCCAUUUAUAUUUUUGUUUUCGUUCUGGAUCUAUUCGGAUCUUCACGAGAUAAUGAGGGUUCUCGAUACUUUUUCUGCCGCCAGGCGGCGCUUCGUAUGCGUCAGGUCCAAACAGCUGUCAAAUAGUAUGGAAUUGUAGGGUCCGAACUUAUUGUUUAUUGAAAU